AACAGGCAAAAGGUUGGAUUUUGCGGCUGCAUGAGGGGAACAAAAGGCGAGGGUUCGGAAACUCGUUGGAAAUUACGAAAACAGAUCGGCUCCGUUUUGAUUCCGUAAAUCUGAUAUCAUAAUAUCGGGUAGGAUGGCUAACCCGCUACUCCUCUCGUCUCUCCGCCUCCCAUCUGUGAAAUCAAGGCCGUCGUCGACGUGUCUCCAGUGGUCCGCUGAUGGCCAAGUUUUCUUCGUAUCAAACUCCAUUGUGCACAUCUUGACUCCUCAUCACGCUGGUAUUCACCCCGGCUGUAACAUUCGAUGUGACAAAGAAGCGGCAGGCACCUUACGAUGGUCCCGGACGAUUAUAAGUCUUCAGAAGACAGAUCUCCGCGACUGGUCCGCCGGCUCCCAAGAAUGGGCCGCUCUCUCUCUUGGAUCUUUCGAUUUUCACGUCAAGGACGUUGCAUGCUCCCCCAGUUAUGUCACAGAAGACGGAGGGAGUGUGGCCGCCGUGCUUAGCUCCAACAUGGAUCUGUCUUUAUGGUCAGCAUCAAAGAAUUCCAUCCAGGGAGAAUGGAUCAAGGUCUUUGACACUACGCCAUUUCUGGUCGAUCUGGUUUCCAAUGGGGUGCCCGCGACAGGGCUGCCCCAACUCCUUCAGGCACAAAUAACCAGUAUUGCUUGGUCAAGUCAAGCGGACUUCGCCAUAACCCCAGCUCCUUGUAUAGAUGCUUCUCUUCUCGCUGCUGGGUCACGCUCAGGCACUGUGUGUUUGUUGAGAUUUGAUGGGAAAUUAGCAUCGUUGCGUCAUAUUGGGACUCUCAGAGUGUCCGAAAAAUGGGUGACUCAUCUUGCCUUCAGCUCGUGGGUGUAUGAAGGCGAUUCUCAAUGCGGCGGCCUACUCGCGUAUAGCACGUCUGAUGGCUCGGUCGGACUUAUCAAAAUACAUUUGAUGGCACAGCUUGCCGCCAAAGAUUGCGGGACCUUUGAGCCCGAAUACGUCGUAGACACUGCUUUCGAAGCCGCCCAAGGAAUAUUCUCGGCGGAUCAAGGCGGUACGACAGCGCUGGAAUGGAUCACAUCCCAAGAAAAAAUGAUACUUGUCAGGUGUAGACCUGGGGCAAUUGACUUAUGGUGUAAACUGUCAAUGUGUUCAUGGUCGGGCACGCGUACCCUGAUGAUAUGCCCGCAUGUCUUGUCCGUGGGUUCAUCGGAGCUUCAUCCCGUUACGGGCAUCGUGUACAUCCCGCAAAACGAUGUUCUCCUGGUUAGUCUCUUCGAUGGAACGAUGCGAGUAAUACACAAGUUUUUUGUCGACCCGGAGUGGGCUCCCGAGUCACCAUCGCUUGUCAGCAGUCAAUGUAUGUCGGAAGCUGUUCGUCGUAUAUUCGUUGGAACAGUCGAAGGAAUUGAGCAGGAGGAAGUAACGAAUAGUGACGUAAACUUGACUAGCGGCUUGAUAUCUUUCGACGGGGCCACGACUUUGCUUUGGACUCAACAGUCCUUCCGACCCGCGGAUUUGAGUUGGAAGAUUGAAGCGCGACGCGAUGCUGUCUUGAUCGCCGCUCGUCUCACCAGGCACAUGGACAGGACUGCAGAUGCAUUUUUCCAUGAGCUCAAGGAAAUACUUACUACCUCCAAAAGCGCUUACGGCGUAACACCGUCCCAUCUCCUUCGACCCGUGUUUCUAUGGCUAAGUGAACUCCCCGACCUACACGCUAAUAUUCUCAACUUCCUGCGGUCCCUGCCUGUCUCGUGUCCAUCUCAGCGUCACUUUCCUCUUUGGUCGGAAGGAUUAAGUGAGAAACUGAGAGGUAAAUUCCGGAAUAGCCUUGCGAGAAGCCUCUUUGGGUGUGAUAAACUGCUAUCGCUUAGAUUGCGCCUCUACGUUACGGAAGCAUUGUCGAGAUGCAUUGGGACCCCCUCCGGAAGGACGGAAUGUAUCAAAGUUGGAGAAUUAAUUUGCAAAAUGAUAUCCCACAUGACGAUGUGGGGUUUGCUUCGACACUUACACGCUGUGGUUCCCGUCCUGAUUGCCAAUGAUAUGCCUUUCGUCCGGAGGGUUAUCUAUCUAUCAUCAUUGGCUGAUUCUCCUCCGUCCGUUCAAUGCGCUGCACGGGACUUGAUGAAUGCGAUCGGUGCUAUACAACCACCUAUUAUCGACCGUGCGUGUUUACAGGGAGAAGUAGCGAUGACGGAACCAUGUCCUGCCUGUGGUGAAGAACUCGACACGACAUCAACAGCACACCCAGCCUGUCCGAACGGCCACCUAUGGGAUUGCUGUACUAUUACAUCUUUCAUUAUGGCAACACCCAUGGUUCGGUCCUGUAUCGGCUGCAAACGUAAGAGCUUUCUUCCCCUUUCUCGUCAGAGUAGAUCAGCCAAGCUAAAUUGGCUACCGCCGAUGGCGCAAAGUUGGGUGGUUGAAGAGCUCCUCGAGGCCUGCAAACGAUGUUUGUAUUGUGGUAAUAAUUUUGUCUCUAUAGUUUGAAGCUUCAUUGAGUUAUUGUUUGGGAUACUAUGUUCUUAUUGUUUGGUGAUUAUCAUUCCUUGUCGAUCUUGUUUCUACUUAGAUGUUGUGUCAAGCGUUGUAACAACCCUAUGAACUCUAUAUUAUAUAUCAGUGAUGGUAGUAGCUAUCGCCACUUUAUCGCUAUACACUCUACUUACACGGUUGAACCUUAGUGAGUUGGAUUGACUCUUACUACUGCGGUACAUGAUCAUGGCAGUGGCGACACCACUCCACCAUUACAACUAUAGACUCUUUUAACUCAGCC